AUGCCCAACCUCCUCGAGUACGACGAAGAGUCCGACGGCAAUGACGACCUCUUCGGUUCAGACGACGAAGAACAAGGCGACGACAAUAUCGACGACAUCCUUCCAGACACAAGGAAGCCCCUUGUUCCCCUCAACCACAGCACCUCAACCUCAGUCUUUCUCACCGGACAUGCAACGUCCAAACCAGUCAACUCCUCUACACUUGUCACCCCUGACGAGCGCUAUCAAGAGCUGGUCUGUCAGCGCGCACGCUUGAGCCCUCCCGUUGACGCUGGCGUCCAGAGCCUCAAGAGCAUGGUCAUGCGCGUUAUCUUGCAGAACGCCUCACGCAUCGACGACAUCGGUGACCUGACGUACAAUGAGAUGGCCGUCUUCAUUGACGAGCUGCCGCGUGCGCAGCUAACCGUGCUGGAGGAGAAUUGUCCCCACCUCUUGAAGGACACGGACUGGCUCUGGGAGGGUUUCCUCAUCAAGGCGUAUCCUUUGUUCUACCCAAAAUGCCGCGAGAAGAAUGGUCAACCGCGCACAAGCGGCUGGCGCCGCAAGUUUGCUGAAGCGUUCCAAGAGGCGGAGGAACGUAAGGCCAAAGCUGCCGAGCGCAUCAAGCAGAAAUACGCAGAGGAAGAUAAGGCGCGUCAAGACAAGAAGAUCCGAGUGAUCGACAACUUUGUCGCGCCCCCCAAAGGCAGGCGGGGAGGGCACACACUCCGCGACGCGCGCGUCGGCAAACAGUCGCAGCCUACCAGCUACAUUGCCCAGAAGCAGGUUCGCACGGCCUCGGUGAUGAACAGGGCACGCGCCGACAUGCACCGGCAACGUGUCGCCCUCACCCAUGCCAGUGGUAAAUUCGUCCCCUCACCCUCUCGUCCCAUUGUCAGUUCGUCAACUAGCGUGUCAGCCGGCUCGCUUGUCCAUGGCCCUCUAAUAACCCCACGUGUUCCCAAGACGCUGCCGCAGGCCAAGUCUACACCCGAGGCCAACCACUUCCCAGGCUCGCACCGUACCGACCCAGCAGCACGUUCUACCCUCCCCGAUCAUCUCAAGCCCACACCUACGCCGAAGCAGGAGCGGUUCCGCAUCGACGACUACAGGAUGACAAAGGCGCCCCCCGUGCGCGACAUCCACAAACCCCAGGUCCAGAACUUCAACCCCGACAAGGCCGACAACGGCAAGGCCAAAGUCGACUUCUUCACGCGUCCACAGCCCGCAGGCCAGCCCAAGCGGCCGCUGCCCGGUAACGAGGCGGCCAUGCCCAACGGCAAACGGACCCGUACUGACACGCUCGGGGAGGCCCUGACCUUGGCCUCUCCACCAUCCGGACCAUCCUCCCGUCCACCACCACCCCAUCGCAAUUCCCCCGCUCCCGGCGACACGCCAUCUUUCCUACUCAAGAAGAAAACCAACCGCCACAACGGUCCGCAGCGCGCCGUCACUACUACCCUUGAAGCUGUCAAGCGCUCGGCCGCUAAGCCCGUCAAUCGCGUGCCCCGCCGUCGUUAG